CACAAUUUACAGUGCUUCACCUAGCUCGUCAGCAGCAGCUGUGGCCAGACAUUGGAGAAGUCUUCUCAAGCUUGAUGUUUUAUUUCAUUGUGUAUUGCUUCAUGUAGUUUUUCUAGAGCAGUGUGCAUUGAUUCAUGAUGUGGCUGUUGAGGCAGCGAAGUAGCUGCUCUGCCCUGCUUGCUGCUCGUGGGCAAAUCUUCUCCACCAGUGUUCGAAAUGGAUCAUCGACAUCCCAGAAAUCACCUUCUGUGGGAAUUCUGCGCGAGGAGAGUCAAGUAUGGGAGAGGCGAGCGGUUCUGGCCCCGCACCAUGUGCAGGCUCUGGUGAAGAAAGGAGUUCGGGUGGUUGUGCAGCCAUCGACAAGACGUGCAUAUUCCAUGUAUGAAUACGAAACAGUGGGGGCAGAGCUCCAUGAAGACCUGAGUGGCUGUGACGUCAUCCUGGGCGUCAGGUCACCUAACCCGGAAACUUUGAUUCCGCACAAGACUUAUGCAUUCUUCUCGCACACGAUCAAGGCCCAAGAAGCCGGCAUGCCUUUGCUGGAUACAUGCAUACAUAAGCACAUCCGUCUACUUGAUUACGAGAAGAUUGUUGAUGGAACUGGCAAGAGGGUAGUAGCUUUUGGUCACUAUGCUGGUGCUGCGGGUAUGGUGAAUAUCCUUCAUGGUCUCGGACUGCGCCUGCUUGCUCUGGGCCAUCAUACUCCCUUUAUGCACCUUGGUGGAGCUCACAACUAUCCCGGAAGCAGCGCCGCCAAGGCGGCCAUUGCCAAUAUUGGGCGAGAAAUUGAGUACGGCCUGAUGCCUGAAGUGUUGGGACCAAUGAUCUUCGUCAUCUGCGGUGAUGGUGGCGUGUCCAAGGGUGCACACGACGUGCUGAAUGAGCUGCCAGUUCAGAUGAUUGAUCCUAGCGAGGUGGAGGAAAUCUCGAAAGGCGGAGAUCACCGCCGAGUAUAUGCCACAGUGGUCAAACGCGAAGAUCACCUGGAGAGGAUUGAUGGCGGUGGCUUCAACCUGGAGGAGUUCAACACCUUCCCAGAGCGCUACAGGUCCACGUUUGCUGAGAAAAUUGCUCCGUUUGCGACCGUCAUCGUCAACGGCAUUUACUGGCAACCAAAGCAGCCUCGCUUGCUGACGACCGCUGAUGCCAAGACUGUCCUUCGCAAGACAGCACCUACAGAUCCAGAGGCCGAGAUUCCUGGAGUUCCUCGUCUACCCCAUCGCCUCUUGGCUAUUUGCGACAUCUCCGCCGAUUUGCAUGGCAGCAUUGAGUUUAUGCGUUCGUACACCAGCUUCGACAACAUGUUCCACAUCUACAAUCCAGAAACGGACCAGUCGGUGUCCGGAAACUUUUCCGAGGAUGGAAUUGUAGUGAUGUCCAUUGAUAAUUUGCCUGCGCAGCUACCGCGGGAAGCUACCGACAACUUCGGUGACCAACUACGUCACUUCAUAUCCCCUUUGACCCGUGCCGACUGGUCGAAGAACUUUUCUGACCUGGACCUACCUGACACCAUCAAACAGGCUUUUAUAACUUCAGGUGGUCGCUUGACUCCCAAUUUCAAAUAUAUUGAUCAAUUACGUGCAGCCCGGUCACCCAAAGCUGAGAGCAACAACACGAUGAUGACUUGUGGGACCAGUGUCGUAGGAGGUGCUGAUGUCCUUGAAACGCGGGUAGCACCGGAGGAACCUAAGUACAGAGUUGUAGUGUUUGGAUCUGGACUGGUGGCCAAGCCAUUGGUUGACUACUUGGCCAAGAAUGGCGUAGCGGUCUGCGUCGCUACCGCGGCUGUGGAAGAAGGCAACACGCUCAUCGCAAACACUCCCAACUGCAGUGUGAAACCGGUGGAUGCCACCAACCCGGCUGAAGUGCGCGAUGCUGUGCGCGGUGCUCAGCUUGCUGUCAGUGUUCUACCUGCGCCGCUGCAUCCACGCGUGGCUCAAGCCUGUUUAGAUGAGAAUGUACACAUGCUAACAGCCAGCUACACGUCACCAGAGCUUGCAGAGUUUGAUACCAGGGCCAAAGAAAAGAACCUAGUCUUUCUGAAUGAGCUUGGUCUUGACCCUGGCAUUGACCACUUGCUAGCUAUGCAGUGUAUUGAUGAAGUACGCGACCAUGGUGGAGAGAUCACAUCAUUUGUGUCAUGGUGUGGUGGUUUGCCUGCUCCUGAAGAUUCUGACAACCCUCUCCGGUAUAAGUUUAGCUGGAGCCCACUGGCAGUAUUGGGAAAUGUUCUCAGACCAGCCGCAUACUGGCAGGAUAACAAUGAUGUGUUGGUAGCCGAUGGUGGGGGUCUUCUCGAUGCAGCUGAGCCCAUCGACUUCAUGCCCGGCUUCAGCUUGCAGGGUAUACCGAACCGUGACUCCCGCACAUACCGAGACUCUUACGGCAUCCAGUCUGCACACACAUGCAAGCGUGGCACACUACGAUACACGGGUUAUGUGGAUGCAAUGAAGGCACUGGUCAAGCUGGGGGUGAUCAGCACUGACCAGCACCCCAGACUCCAGCCGGGAUCUGCACCAAUUACCUGGCGUGAUCUGAUGGCUAUGCUUGUAGCACCGACGGAUGCACGCGGUUCUGACCUCGAGUCGUGUGUACUGCAACUGCUCGAUGGCAAUACACAGACUAUGCAGGCUGUGAUAGACCUUGGCCUGUUGUCAUCUGACCCUGUGUCUCUGAUUGGCACACCUCUGGAUGCACUCUCUGAUAAACUGUCUAGUGAGCUAGUCUUUGGUCCCAGUGAGCGCGACAUGGUUGUCCUGCACCAUCGCUUCCACAUCACAUGGACAAGCUCCACCGCCUCAAAGAGCAUUGAGCAACGUGAUAUAGCCUUGGUUCAGUACGGCCAGCCACAUGGUGAUACAGCCAUGGCAGUGACUGUGGGUCUCACCGCAGCCAUUGGUGCUAAGCUGAUCCUUCAAGGCGCAAUAAGACAUCGUGGUGUUCUCCUUCCAUUCACGCCCGACAUCUACACACCCAUCAUCAAGGAGCUGGCCGCACACAAUGUCAAGCCCAUUAUUCGUUCCAGAUGGGAGCACUAAGUGGCGAUGCUUUCUUCAUAGUCCUGUCGGUGCGCCACCCGAGGUAAGCCUCUGCUGCUGACAAUCUCCUACUUGCCUACAAAUGGACGCGCCAAUUCCUGCUUGGACAGUUUCCGUGUGCAGUAUUGAGCGCCCCGUCUCAUCCGAUGGUACAUUGUACACAUUGUUGUCGCCAAUCCCUGGAAUACUAGUAUGGUUGUUGACGGUGACUUGUAUGUCCCCUGUAGACCAGCCGCUGUUUGUUCAGCAUCUGUAGUGUUGUUCUUGGCGCUCCGUGCCGCAAUCACAAUAUGCACUGAAUUGCAUUAGAGGUUCGCUGUAAUGUAGUAUGUCUGACAGAAAUACCCCCACUGGCGCAUCCACACUCUGACAACACAUGUACGAGUACCAUGAAAUUGUAUUUUCCUCUCUCUUUUUUUCUAGACAGCCCUAGCCCUAUUUGAAAUACCCAUGCGACUAGUUAACAUGAUCUAACUGUUUAACGGCCUCAUCUGCCUUUCGUCCAUUGUGCAAGUGCUGGCACUUGAUGUGUUACGAUUUCUGUGCAUUGACGGUUGGCGAUACAUUCGUCCGCCCUCGUUUUAGUUACCUAUGUAAUAAUCUAACCCGUUUCUUUGCUGUUUUUAACAUGUCAAUAUUGAAUGUUGUUUAUUUACGUCUAAUUUCUAGCCCAAUUUGUUUCGAAUAAAUAGAACUUCAAAACUUCA